AUGAGGGUGAUCCUGUGGGCUGUGGUUUCCAUCCCCUUCACCGUGGCUUUGGAACGAGUCCCCCUCGUUCGAUUCAAAUCUAUCAAGAAGCAGCUGAAGGAAAAGGGAGAAUUAGAGGAGUUUUGGAGGAAUCACCACCCUGACAUUUUUGCUCGAAGGUACCUGCAUUGCUUCCCUGCAGAUAUGGUUUUGCCUGUAGGAACUGCUUCAGAAAAGCUGUAUGAUUACAUGAAUGCGCAGUACUAUGGUGUGGUGAGCGUCGGGACACCCCCCCAGAUCUUCACCGUCGUCUUUGACACAGGAUCCUCCAAUUUUUGGGUCCCUUCUGCUUACUGCAUCAGCGAGGCAUGCAGGUUGCACCAGAAAUUCAAGUCCUUUCUGUCAGACUCCUAUGAGCAUGGAGGGGAAGCCUUCUCCUUGCAGUAUGGCACGGGACAGCUUCUGGGCAUUGCUGGCAAAGACACACUGCAGAUCAGUAACAUUUCCAUCAAGGGACAGGACUUUGGCGAGUCGGUGUUUGAGCCAGGACUAACCUUCACCCUUGCCCACUUUGAUGGCAUCCUGGGCUUGGCUUACCCCUCAUUAGCAGUGGGCAAUGCUCUGCCUGUUUUUGACAGAAUCAUGAUGCAGCAGCUGGUAGAGGAGCCAAUCUUCUCAUUCUACCUGAAAAGGGGAGAGGACAACGAGAGCGGAGGCGAGUUGCUGCUGGGAGGGAUAGACCAUUCCCUCUACAAAGGCUCAAUCCAUUGGGUCCCAGUCACUGAGAAAGGCUACUGGCAAAUACACCUAAACAACAUCAAGAUCCAGGGCCGGGUGGCACUUUGCUCCCAUGGCUGCGAGGCCAUCGUCGACUCCGGCACUUCCCUCAUCACUGGGCCCUCCUCCCAGAUCAGAAGACUGCAGGAGUACAUUGGGGCAAGUCCAUCACGUAUUGGAGAGUUUCUUGUAGACUGCAGACGACUUUCCAGCUUGCCUCACAUAAGCUUCACAAUUGGUCACCAUGAGUACAAGCUGACAGCAGAGCAAUACAUCAUAAAGGAGUCUGUGGAUGACCAAACCUUCUGUGUGAGUGGCUUUCAGUCUCUGGACAUCCCUACUCGCAGCGGCCCCCUCUGGAUCCUGGGAGAUGUUUUCAUGUCUGCAUUUUACUGCAUCUUUGACCGUGGGAACAACAGAGUGGGCUUUGCUAAAGCUGCUCACAGGGAGGAUCACUACUGA